AUGCGCCGAGAGCAACUUGUUCACGACAAAAUCCAAACUGUGGCUCACCAUAUUUGUUCUGUGACACACGUGAAGCGGCAGUUACCUCAGAUAAAACCGAAUGGUCUUUGUCGUGGAUUCGAAGGAUUUGACGCAUGCUGGCAAGGAUCUUGUGUUGCAAGCUGGUGUCGACCAGGGCAGCAGUUCCAGCAGCAGUUUACCGAUCAGCAACCUCAAACAACCGCUAUGCAGACCGUGCAACAGCGGAACACUAUGCAGCCGUCGCAACGAUUUCAAACAAAUACACCUCGUUCUCAAACGGCACAACCUCAAAUGGCUCCAAACCCCGCUCUCAAUAGCAAUUGCUACAAUGAUGAUCCUUGUUGUGAUUCUUGGGCACGACAAGGGGAAUGCAGGAUAAAUCUGGCCUACAUGAACAGAUACUGCCGAAGAAGUUGCAGAAUAUGCGCGAACCCCACCGAUAACAGAAUGGGCUGCCAUGACCGACAUCUGUCUUGCGCCUUUUGGCGUGCACAGAACUACUGUACCCGAAGACGUCAAUGGAUGGCUGAGAAUUGUCAGGCUACCUGCGGAUGGUGUAAUAUGAAUCCUCAACAGCUAUGCGCCUCCGUUGCUUUUAUGAGCAGAGCAUAA